AUGGUAGCUCUACUAAACUACUGGGUCGUAGGGGAAGCGGACGCAGGCUGUAUAAUCAUUGAAAAGUGGACGACGGUAGCUCUCCUGAAGGAUGCGAUCAAGGCCAAGCACCCUAUUGGCAUCCAAUGUGACGCCGCGGAUCUACAGCUCUUCCUGGCCAAGACGACGGAAGGCUCGUGGCAGACGGUGAACGGCGUCGUUAGUGGUGUGAGCGAUACUUCUGGCAUGAUAAAGUUGAAAAUUGGGUCGGUGCCGCUCCGCGCCUACGGCUUGUCAGAGAAGGACAUGCAGGUCGAAGUAUCGGAUGCAGAACUUGUGGCGGGCAACGGCCCCGUGCACGUGCUGGUGAAGAUGCCACAACAACCUCAGCCAACUUUAACGCAGCCGCUAGCUGUCGAGACCCCAAGUUCACUGAAUAGCUACAAGCUCGAGCAAGCUGUAACGCAACUCUGCGCGGCGCACAAGUCAACGUUCAUCGGCGCUAACUUCAAUUACCGAGACGAUGCGUGGCCAAUCGCACUGGCGGAUAACGAGAAGAGCGAGUUUGGAAGGCAAUACAUUCAACGGUGGCCAGAGGCAGUUCUCGCUCCUCAAGGCAUAGGGCGGAUGUCUCCAUCGGUCGUCAACUACAGCGCGGUGGACAGCGUGGACCGGUACGUGGCCCGCCCCAAGUGGCACUUGUGGCUGCGUCUGGCGGCCCUAGGGCUCCUGGUCACGAGCGCCGUGCUGCUGCUGUCUCUGCUGCCCGUGCACGAGUACCUCAUGGCCGUCACGGCGUGGGUGGAGGCGCACCUGGUGCUGGGCACGCUGGCCUUCAUCCUCGUCUUCUGGGUGGCCGUGCCGCUCUGUCUGCCGGCCACGGCGCUGGAGAUGGUGGCCGGCUCGCUCUUCGGCGUGCCCCAUGCGGUGCUGGUCAUCACCGUGGGCAAGACCGGCGGCUCGACGCUGGCGUUCCUGCUGGGGCGCGCCAUGGGCAAGGAGAUGAUCGGCGGCUACCUGCGCACCAAGUUUCCGACCUUCCGCGCCUUCUCCGAGGUGCUCAACAGUCCGAGCUGGAAGCCCGUGCUGCUGUACCAGCUCUCGAGCAUCCCCAACAUCGUCAAGAUCUACAGCUUGGCCAUCACCCACGUGUCCGUGGCGCGCUUCGCCGUGUCCUCGGCCAUUGGCAACGUCCCGCACGCCGUGCUGUGGGCGUACAUUGGUGAGCAGGCGACCGACAUCGCCGCCAUCCUCACGGGCGAAACCAAGAUGACCACCAGUCGCAUGGUCAUGGUCGUCACGGGCGUCUCGCUCACCGUCUUGGCCAUCACGUGCCUCGUGGUGUACACCAAGCGGCAGCUGCGCGAGCUGCAGAAGCGCGAGUGCCGCAGCAGCAGCGAAGAGGGACUGCUGCUGUCCAUCGAGAUCGACGCCUCCACGCCCGCCAGUGCCAAGAGCUCGUCGCAGUGCGUGCGUCCAUCGACGCCCACGCAGCACGUCUGGGCUUGA